GAGUGAUAUUUGAUGUGGUUUGGUGUAUGUUGGUUUUUGGACGCUGUUUCUUUCUUCCGUGUAUUUAUGUGUAAUUCUAUCAAAUCCUUAUAUCCAAAACAUUUUAUGGAAACCAAGAAAGUGGCCUUAUUCUCCGUCUGCAUUGCAAACUAAUAACUAACGAAUUAGACAUUCAUUAAAUUGUUCUUUACGAUCUGUCGUAAACAAGAUCUAUGAGCAUAUAAAGCGAUCUUGUGUACUUCUGAUGGAUAAAAUGAGUAAAAGACGUUAUUCGUCCAGUUCCGAUAGCGCUGAAGAAGACCGUCUGAAAGAUAUUAGGGAGCGUGAUGAAUUUGCCAAAAGAUUAAAGAAACGUGAUGAAGAAAAGGUUAAAAAAGUCACGGAGUCUUCGAGCAAACGAUCAUACGAAGAAGCAGCUAAGCGUCUCAAGUUGGAAGCUGAAGACAGAGAAAAGUUAUUGCCUAAGUUGCGCAUUCACUCUCGUAGAAAAUAUUUAGAGAAGAGGAAAGAUGACAAAGUUAUUGAGUUAGAAGCAGACAUCGCCGAUGAUGAAUAUCUUUUUGAUGAAAGCAGCUUGACUCAACGAGAAAGGUUGGAAAGAGAACACAAAAAAACUAUUCUGAAAUUAGCUAAAGAACAUGAAAAGGCCCGAGAGUUGGAGAAUGUGCAGAGAUAUCAUAUGCCACAAGAUUUGGGAAAAGAUGCUAAAGGAGAAUAUGUUGAGGUUGAUGAAAGAGAAAAGUUGCCACACUCAGAACAACAACGGUGGGAACAAGAGCAAAUUAAAUCAGCUUUUUUUAAGUUUGGUGCCAAAGAUGCUAAGGCACAAGAUGAAUAUGAGCUGUUACUUGAUGAGCAGAUUGAUUUUAUUCAAGCACUGCAAUUGGAAGGUAACAAAGAAAAGAAAGAACAGGAAGAAAAGUCAGAGUACCAGACUAUGCGCAUGACCAUUGAGGAAACCAAGAAAUCUCUGCCAGUAUAUCCCUUUAAAGCUUCAUUAAUAGAAGCCAUUAAGAAUUAUCAAAUAUUAAUAGUAGAGGGUGAGACUGGGUCUGGUAAAACUACUCAAAUACCACAAUAUCUCCAUGAAGCUGGAUUUACAGCAGAAGGAAAGAAAAUAGGUUGCACACAACCUAGAAGAGUAGCUGCUAUGUCAGUUUCAGCUAGGGUAGCUCAAGAAAUGAAUGUCAAACUUGGAAAUGAAGUUGGUUACAGCAUAAGAUUUGAAGAUUGCACAUCAGACAGAACUGUGAUUAAAUACAUGACAGAUGGUACUCUUCACAGAGAGUUUCUUUCAGAGCCAGACUUAGCCUCUUAUAGCGUAAUGAUAAUUGAUGAAGCUCAUGAGCGAACUCUGCAUACUGAUAUCCUGUUUGGUCUUGUCAAAGAUAUAACGAGGUUUAGACCUGAUUUAAAAUUACUUAUAUCCAGUGCUACAUUAGAUGCUGAAAAGUUCUCAACAUUCUUUGAUGAGGCACCUAUAUUUAGAAUUCCUGGAAGAAGAUUCCCAGUUGACAUUUAUUAUACAAAAGCACCAGAAGCUGACUAUGUGGAUGCCUGUGUCGUUUCUGUGCUACAGAUACAUGCUACACAGCCACUUGGAGAUAUCUUAGUUUUUCUGACAGGACAGGAAGAAAUUGAAACAUGCUUUGAAAUGUUACAAGAGAGGACAAAGAGAAUUGGUAAGAAAUUGAGAGAACUACUCAUAUUACCAGUUUAUGCAAAUUUGCCAAGUGACAUGCAAGCCAAAAUAUUUGAGCCUACACCAGAGGGUGCCCGCAAAGUCGUUUUGGCUACUAACAUUGCUGAAACUUCUUUGACUAUUGAUAAUAUUAUUUAUGUGAUUGAUCCUGGAUUUGCAAAACAGAAUAAUUUCAAUUCAAAAACAGGCAUGGAAAGUUUGAUGGUGGUUCCCAUUUCUAAAGCAUCAGCAAAUCAACGGGCUGGAAGGGCUGGGAGAGUGGCACCAGGAAAAUGUUUCCGCCUAUAUACAGCUUGGGCUUAUAAAUAUGAACUUGAAGAUAAUACCAUUCCCGAAAUACAGAGGAUUAAUCUAGGAAAUGCUGUUCUUACCCUCAAAGCCUUAGGGAUUAAUGAUCUAAUUCAUUUUGAUUUCUUGGACCCUCCACCUCAUGAAACAUUAGUAUUAGCCCUAGAACAACUCUAUGCUUUGGGAGCUCUCAAUCAUCAUGGUGAAUUGACUAAAGCUGGCAGAAGAAUGGCAGAAUUUCCCACAGAUCCAAUGCUUGCAAAAAUGUUAUUAGCAAGUGAAAAGUACAAAUGCUCAGAAGAAAUCGUCACAAUUGCAGCAAUGUUGUCAGUAAACAGCUCCGUAUUCUACAGACCUAAAGAUAAAAUAAUUCAUGCAGACACUGCUAGAAAAAACUUUUUCCAUCCCAAUGGCGACCACCUAACUCUAAUGAAUGUGUACAACCAAUGGCUAGGGUCUGAAUAUUCAGUGCAGUGGUGUUACGAAAACUUUAUACAGUACCGAUCAAUGAAGAGGGCGCGUGAUGUACGCGAACAACUUGCCGGGCUAAUGGAAAGAGUAGAAAUAGACAUGGUAUCAAGCCUAAGUGAUGACACAAAUAUUCGAAAGGCAAUAACUGCCGGUUACUUUUACCAUAUUGCAAAAUUUUCAAAGGGUGGUCACUACAAAACUGUAAAGCAUAACCAGACGGUUAUGAUACACCCCAAUAGUGCCUUGUUUGAAGAAUUACCUCGAUGGGUGAUAUACCAUGAAUUAGUAUUUACAUCUAAAGAAUUUAUGAGACAAGUGACAGAGAUAGAAAGUAAAUGGCUGUUGGAAGUUGCACCACAUUAUUACAAAGCCAAAGAGUUAGAGGAUUCCACAAAUAAGAAGAUGCCAAAAACUAUUGGUAAAUCAUCUAACAAUUAAUAAAACAAAGUAAAUUUUCAAAA